UUUUUCACAGUCGGGAUUCGUUCGUCGCAUUCUUGUCGUUAUUACGGUGAUCCUCUGGGUUUGUCGUUCGUAUUUUUGCCGUUAUUACGGUGAUCCCAGCGGCGGCUCUGGGUGUCAGCUGAUCCUCCUUUACUGGCGAGAGGAGGAAAAUCAGCUGAAGGAAAACACUACUGGCUAGUUAGAACCAUGGCUGCGGAGAUUCACUCGAGGCCCCAGACCGCUAGACCGGUUCUGUUAAACAAGAUCGAGGGGCACUCAGACGCUGUCAAUACGGCCGUCUUAAUACCCAAAGAAGAUGGAGUAAUCACGGUUAGCGAGGACAGAACCAUCCGGGUGUGGCUGAAGAGAGACAGCGGUCAGUACUGGCCGAGCAUCUACCACACGGUCUCCUCUCCAUGCUCUUCAAUGUCGUAUCACCACGACAGCAGACGCAUCUUCAUAGGCCAGGACAACGGGGGGAUUGUGGAGUUUCUCAUCUCUGAAGACUUCAACAAGAUGAACCAUGUGAAAACAUAUCCAGCCCACCAGAACCGUGUGUCAGAUAUGGUCUUCUCCCUGGAGAGUGAGUGGGUGGUGAGUACCGGCCAUGAUAAGAGUGUGAGCUGGAUGUGCACCCAGAGUGGCAGCAUGCUAGGAAGACACUACUUCACUGCCUGGGCCUCCUGCCUACAAUAUGAUCACGAGACGCAGCACGCCUUCGUUGGCGACCACUCAGGACAGAUCACUCUGCUGAAGCUCGAGAGGCAGACAUACUCCACCAUCACUACACUGAAGGGUCACGAAGGUAGUAUAGGAGCGCUGUGGUGGGACCCAGUCCAGAGGCUGCUCUUCUCAGGGGCCUCCGACCACAGCGUCAUCAUGUGGGACAUCGGAGGCCGCAAAGGACGGACGCUGCUCUUGCAAGGGCAUCACGAGCGUGUUCAGGCUCUGCGUUACCUCCAAUUGACGAGGCAGUUGGUGUCAUGCUCUGCUGAUGGAGGCAUCGCAGUGUGGAACAUGGACACGCAGAGAGAAGAGGCGCCUCAGUGGUUAGACAGCGACUCUUGUCAGAAGUGUGAGCAACCUUUCUUCUGGAAUAUCAAGCAAAUGUGGGACACUAAGACCCUGGGACUCAGACAGCACCACUGCAGGAAGUGCGGCAAGGCCGUGUGUGGAAAAUGUAGCUCUAAGCGCUCCACGUUUCCACUCAUGGGCUUUGAGUUCCCUGUGCGGGUGUGUGAUGCCUGCUUUGACACCAUCAAAGAAGAAGAUCGAACACCGCUGGCCACGUUCCACGAGGGCAAACACAACAUCGCCCACAUGGACAUGGACCCAUCGAGAGGCCUGAUGGUCACUUGUGGAAGUGACCGCAUUGUUAAGAUCUGGGAUAUGACACAGGUGGUUGGCUGUAGCUUAGCAACAGGCUUCUCCCCACGCUGAUUGGCCCAGGCCUCUACGCCCGCUCCACCCAUUCUUCUAAUGUCAUGGAAACCCCUCUGUACAGUACAUCUCCCCUUCACGCCUGGGAUCUUCAGCUGCAGCCAGGCCUAUGCUCGGUGAAUGUGUGUGUACGUGUGUGUGUGUGUGUGCGUGCAGCCCUCCACAUUCCUUUUGCUUCUCAUAACAAUUUUCUCUUUAAUUUCAUUAUCAGUCUUACAUCAGACUGUGUUUGACUGAAUUGAUGCUCUGAUCUGAUACACAACCCUAAGCACAACGAGGGCUGUAUGUGUGUACAUGUGUGCAUGUGCUGUAACUGGUUCUCCUAAGGGAGAAAUGGUAUUGAUAUUAGUGUUUACAUUCAAUAUAUCUGAUUGCUUUUUUUUUGGUAACGGUUCUUUUUUAUUUUAUCGGCCUUGCACUGUAUGUUUCACUAAAUCGCUGACUAGCCAUUCCUGUAAAAACUUCUCUUGCUUAUUAGUGUGGCCCACAAAACUGCAUAUCACAAUACAACAUCUGUAUAUAGCCCUGCAUCAUGUCUGUGUGGUGGAUGCUUGAAAUGACUCUGUCUCUCUGAUUUCUUUCACUAGUUGGCCUUAAAUCACUCUCAGGAGGUUUUACAUCAGUAGGUUAUCAUUAGGUGGGACUCUGAUGAUGUCAGUCGUAUCUUAAUUAAUGUGUAAUGCGAGAAUCAAUAGAACAGGCGUCUCCCUGAAGGAAAUCUCUUGAUUAAAAAAUGUCUCCCAGGGGAUUUGAUGCAGCUCAGAUCGCUACAUGACAGCAGCGAACAAGCUUCCGCCUCUUCGUCUCAGGUGAAGCAGGAAAAACUGGGAAAGCAUUCAUAUAAACAGGCGCCAACAGCCCCAACGUCCUGUCGCAACCAUUCCGAGGCGUGGAAUUACCAUUCGAGAUGUGAAUAACAUUAGCUUCGCAAGUCAAAUUCUCCAACUUCAUGCUGGCGGAAAAAUGUUUUUCAAAAAGCACAUCAGCACACCACUUCUUAGAUAUGUAUGGCUUUCUUCAGAAGAUAUUUAAAAUUGUGGUAUAAAAAUGGAUAUCCUGCCACCAUGAAGGCUCUUAGGUACUGCACAGGUACUCUAAACUAAAUGUAGCACUUGAUGUUGGCGUGUUGAGUUGUCUCCAGCUAAAUCGAGGGUGAGCUGAGGGCUGCCCACGUUCCUUCAAAAGCCUUAAAGAGAGAAGGACACAAAGCCUUUUUAAAUGGUUUGCCAGUGCUUAUGACUGUUCACUCGCGCUCACUGUCAUGCACUCAUGUCAUCACAAAGCUCUCGUUUCCUCUCCGCCUAAUCCCCCCCCCAAAUGUCCCAGUCUAAGCACAGACAUAGAUCUGUACAUCAAGGGGGUGUCAUAACGUUUUCAGCACUGCACUUACUUGCACAACUGGUGUUUUUUUGAAUUUAAGAAAACAUUUUUGUAAGCUCACCUACGGGAGAAACGAUAGCUGGAUUCCAUGUAGCGUCCUUGUAAAUAGCGGCUAAUACCCUCUAACGUUAUAGCGCUCGCCUUAUUGUAAGUGGACAAAUGAGCAUAUAAUGUUGGAACUCCUGACUUCAAAAUGUACUCACAUUCCAGUUUUUUGAUUAUGUAGUGUAUAUUUAUAUUUGUAGUAAAGUAUUUAUCAAUUAUCACUGUAAAUGCUUCGUUACGUUUCUUUGUGCCCAUCUACUAAGGUAGUCUUUACGUCCCUUGUAAUUAGUAACAAAACUAGAUCUUCAGUAAAGCACAUGCAAACUCGGUAAUGUUGAUAUGAUCGGAAGUGUUGGAUCAUGUAGUAUUUUACAUGCAUACAUGGAUGGAGAUUUAUUAGUUAGUAGGGUGACAGCAAUGGUUGUUUUCAAUCAGCAGCGAAAUAAUGCAUGAUUUCCAUGUUACACAGUGUUAUAUGUGGGGGUUUGACUGAUAGGUGACACUAAUACAAAGCUUUACAGUAAUGGCCAUUUAUUUUAAAAUGUUAGCAUACCUGUUGGGUCACUUUAGGAUUUUUGUUUUCAACCAGAAGCUCUGGUGUAAAACAUGACUUAAAAUUUGCACAAUUAUCAAGAAUGAGAACAGUAUUAUUAAAGCUGCAUACACUGAUUUGAUUUGAGGACUCCAGCCUGCGAGGAGAAUAGAGUUCAUUAUUAAAAGUAAAACAUUAAUGAGUGAUUUAAGUAACUAAAAAGAGAGAAAGUGUGCAGCACAUUACAUUUGCAUCGAUUUGUUAUUUUACUGUCUCACCAGAGUAGAAAGUAAACACUGGCAUGUUACCGACAGCUGUCACCUACAUCUCUAAUAAUGCAAACAUUAAGCCCUAAUUACCCAUUUAUCACAACUGCAGAAAUGAGCUAUAGAGACCAGAACAACGUCUUGUACCAGAAAUAAACAUGGAGGAACUGGCUUCAUUUUAUUUUGUUUUUUCAGCCUUGGAGGGUACUGCUUGCAGUUGAGCCGUUAUUAAUGUGAUAAUCUCAGUGCAGCUUAGAAAUAUAUUUGCAUGUUUCCAAGGGUGCCGUUGUUAUGAGCCUCUGUAGUAUCAGAAAUGGGCAACUGCAGCUGGCUGAUAAGCAGUUGGUCAAUAUUGGCAGACUGCUCUUUCAGUCCUAUCCCCAAGCAUCAUAAAAAAAAAAAACUCCACAAAGAUUCACCCGGGAUCUACAGGGUUUAUGGCAAUGCCACCGUACAAUCAGGAGUCAUAGCUCUCCUUUCAUCUGUCCCCUCCAGUCAUUACUUCUUAUCAUGUCUGUUAGAGGCAUGGCAGAUGGAUGAUAAUGGUGUGAUGAACUCGAGGAUUCUGUUUGUAGAAACAGAUCUUCACAUUGUCUGCCAGUGCUGGGAAGGACGCAGUGGGUUUCUGUCAUGUGGUAAAUGGUCGAUUUCCUUUUCUUUCACCAUCCUGAACAGGAGUCAUUUUGUUUUUGUUGUCUUUUGUUCAACAAAUACUAGAAUGGAUGAGAGGCCAAAGUAACGUGAAAGAUGACUCAUGUUCCACAACACCACAGCCCAUAAUAUCAGACUCUGUAAACUGACUUCUGUUGAACUUUUUCCUUCUUCCAACUGCUUGUAAAAGACACUUGCUGUUCCAAACAAGAUGUUAAUGUAUAUCUCCAGAUAACUGUAUUUUGAAAUACUUUUGUUGACAAUAUGGAGCUGACUUUAGUCUCCCUGUGCCCUCAGGCCAGAGCACAGAGAGGAAAAAUAUGAUGCCCAAUAAAAUAUUUGAUAUCUU